AUGACGGUUGUGCGCCGCAUCUGGGGAAGGGAUACAGAAAAAAACCCUGCAAACACCGGGCCGCGGCGGCGGCGGGCUCUGCGCGGGGACAGCAGCGGCGGGAUCCCAGCGCGGUGGUCGCCGCUGCGCGAGGGGCGGAGGACAGCGCAGGAGCUGCAGCCGCCGCCUUCGCUGGAGCAGCCGAGGGGCCGGUGCCACCUUCGCUCGCCCCCUCACUACCAUGUACAGUGUGCGCUGCAAGAAGAAGGCGGGAGAUGCAUGCACACCCCCGCGACCCGCUCCCUCUGGCUCGUCCCUGGGCGUGCGCCACUGACCAGGGGGGAAUGUGGUGAAGACGGCGAGGAGGAGAGCCGAGGGGGGAGGGGAGGGCCGGCCGGCGCGAACCCAGGCCGGAGGGUGCGAGGAGCCGGAGGAGGCUGGAGGGGGCGGCGGCCACAGCUGGGUCGGAGAAAGUUGCCCCCUAUGCAGAUGGGAACUGUGAGUACCCCCGUGGGGGGAGGGUGCAGCGAAGGCUGCCAGGGACCCCGCGAUCGCGCCUUAACACGUAUUGGAGCGAGUGUGCGAGUGAUCAUGAGUGUGAGCGGGUGCGAGCGCUCGGCGGGGCUGACCGUCACGUUGGCGGGGCCGGCGGUGCCAGGCAGUCUUCUCCGCGUCCCCGUCCCCCUCCUCCCGCUCCGUGCCUCCCCUCCCAGCAGCUCCCCCUCCCCGCCCCGCCCGGCUCCGGCUCCCGGCCCCUACAGCGAGGCGCCUCUCCAGCCGGACCUCCGCCGCCCCCUCCCACUGCCUUCCUAUCCCGCCGCUCCAGAUCGCCCCCCGCUCUCCCCCCCCAACCCUGCUGCCCGCUCCGACAACCGCGGAGAGCACGGGGGAGAGCCGUUUGGGGAGCCCCGGAACCCGCGGUCGCCACCGCGGCGGCGGCCCCAGGCUGGAGGCGUCCGGGCGCCUCUUUCCUCCAGCCUCUGGGACCACGCUGCUCGCUGUCUCCUCGCCCUGCCUGGGCUUGAGAAACCCAUUGCAUACCCCAAAGAGGGUUUUUGUGUAUGUGUGUGUUUUUAAAGGGUGGCUGUGAUGACUGGGCCUUGGAAAUGUGAGACGGGGUAAGUCUAUCGUUUACUUUGCAAAAGAGGUUCGUGUGUGUGUGUGUGUGUGUGUGUGUGUGUGUGUGUGUAUCUAUGUAGUGGGGUGGUUUUCUUUCCCUCUCCUCCCUCCCCUUCUUCCUCGGUUUUCCCUUCCUUCUCUUUGGGGCGGGGUGGGGGAGGGGGAGCCUCGCGUCCUGGAACUCCGGGUGUUUCUGCCUGGGCGGCCGCUUGAGCAGCUGUGCCCGGAGCCUCCGGUUCGGCCUGGGUGCUGGGCUCCAGUCCGAGAGGCUCCAUGCUGCUUAAUGCAGGGACGUACAGGGCGGUGAUCCAGUAUCUAAAUUCUUUGGGAGAAAAUGAAUAGUCCCCCCGCCCCAGCCCUCCAGAAAAAAAAAAAAAAAAUCUGAGAAUCCGAGAACGUUCAGCGCACCCGCGAAUUUGCAUCGGAGGUGCGUUUCCCCGUCAGAAUGUCAGCCUCCCGAGGCUCAUUCAACUUUAUUUUCUCAAAAUUUUGGUCUCCUUUGCUAGCAAGGAGGAGGGGAAAGGGAGUGGGUUGAGAGGAAGCUCUUCGACGCUUGCUAACUAGAACUGAAUUAAAGUUGUAAACGCUGGAGUUUAAUACUGGCUGGACCGAAUUUGCAAUGGUCUUUCAGAUGGAGUGGGAGGUGAAUGGG